AUGGCGUUCUCUUCUUCACUGCUCUUGCUUGUUCCUCCAACUCCAAAACUUCACUUCCCAUCGUCGACAUACCUCUCGCCCAUCUCCAGUGGAAUCCUCUGUCCUAUUUAUAGGGUUUCGACUGCCAAUAGACGGAUAAAGUGCCAGGCUACUGGAGACACCUCUCAGUUCGAUCCAACGGUUUAUCAAGGAGUUUACGGUCCUUGGACUGUCGAUCCCUCCGACGUUCGAGAGCGGUGCAUUUCUAGUCUAAGCAGUUUGUUGUCCAUGGAAUUGGAACAUCAAGGGAUUCUGAUGGUUGUGGAAGCAUUAUUUCAGGGUCUUUUUCAUGAGAGUAUUGAUCGUCAACAAACUGCUUCAACGUGUUUAGGGACAAGGGAAAAGUUGCACACUAGACUCUCAGUAGAUGUCAGCCCCGCCAGUGUGGGCCUUACUCUGUCAGGGAGAACCAGUGCUCUCACUGAGGAGAAUGUGAUUUUAUACAGAUCAGGGUUGGUGACUGCUGGCUCAUCAUUUGUUAUUGCUGCUUCAAUAGCUUUUCUCCCUGAUGACUCUUUAUUGCAUGAUUUAAUUAAGCAAAACCUUGACUUAUUUUAUGCACUUGGAGCUGGUGGAUUAGGCUUAUCGUUGUAUUUAAUUCACAUCUAUGUUACUGAGAUUAAGCGCACUCUUCAAGCGUUGUGGGCACUUGGAGUUCUUGGAUCUGUAGCAACAUACAUGAUCCUUGCUCAACCAGCUCAUGAGGACUUAAUACAAUAUGUUCUUGAGAACCCAACAGCUGUAUGGUUUGUCGGUCCACUCUUUGCUGCUCUGACGGGACUUGUAUUUAAGGAAGUUNGAACAUCAAGGGAUUCUGAUGGUUGUGGAAGCAUUAUUUCAGGGUCUUUUUCAUGA